UGUACCUCUGUAUGUACCAGGCUUGCCUAGAACUCAGAGAUCCUCUUGCCUCUGCGUGGGGUUAAAGGUGUGUAACACGGGUGCUGGGACCCAAUACUGUACCACUCCUUGCUCAGUUAUUUCAGUCUUUGACUCUCUUCCUCCAUGGUGUUUACUUGCGGACACACAUACACAUGCUUUCUGUUUUUUAGUAUCAGACCACCAUUACUGGAGAGGGAGAUGGUUCCCAAUUUAUUUGCACAUGGUUUAUGAAGGUUUAGAGGAAAAUCUUGCUGGAGUUGGAACUGAUUGCAUUUGCUAAUAUUGAUAGAUUUAAAGUGUGUAAGCAUGCGCGUACAGAAUCAGCUGAGGCAGGGAGAGAGAAAAGUUUAGCAAUGUGAACCUUCAGGUGAAACUGGCAAUGUUCACACUCACACUGCAAGCACUGAGUAGAUCUAACAUCACCAUCAAUUGUAGAAGUCAAGUAAAGUUAGCUUUCCUAAUCAACAGUAGUUAACUGUCAUUGUUCAUUCCCAGAGGAACUCAGUUCUUACUGUGGUAGUGUUAGAAUUGCUGGCUUUUGUAAAUGUCCUGUUUUUAGGCUAUAUUUACAAAAAUGAGAAUGUUAAAAGCAUCUUAGAGCAGGCAUAAAAGUGUACCUCCUCUGAUGAUAGAGUAAAACCUGUAACCAGGUUAAAAUUCAUGAUACUCCACUUACUGAAAGUGGAUGAGCAGAGACUCGGGAGUGACUACUUUUUAGAGUCAAUGCCUCUGUUUACACCAUUCUGAACUUCAUUACUCCCCUUUAACAUUUUGAUCAUGUGGCUGUGACCAUUAGAGGAAAGAGGGUAAGUUGGUUAUGUGUGUUUCAGUGUAACACACAAACACGUGCACGAGCACACACAAACACCCUAGGGAGGUGGCUCAUUUGGUCCCUGCUGUGCAAGCGUGGGGACCCUGAAUGACAUUCUCAGUACCCAUGUAAAAGCCAGCUAAGGUAUGUGCCUGUGAGUCACCCCAGUAAUAGGCCAUUGAAGACAUAUUCCCAGAAACUGGAUCUUGAGUUUCAGGGUCAGGAGAGACCCUGUCUCAAAAAAGUAAAGAUGGAGAGCUAUUGAAGACCAGAUGCUAACCUCUCGCCUCCAUAAACAUGUAUACACUCACCACCUAGAAACACACACACAAAAACAGGUGAGGCAAGAAAUGAGAUCUUUCCAGAGUGGGAUUUUUAAUUUCUCUGAAUAGAGCAUUUCUUUGCCCAUUUUCCUCUUUUUUUUUUUUUCUGUCCCCCCCACCCCUAUUUAAUAUGAUGCUAUCUUUUCCCCCUUUUAAUAUUCUUUUUCCCCAUCACAGACACAAAUUCUUAAGCUAAACAAUCUUGUACAAGCUAGUAAAUUUUUUAUUUUAUACAAGGAGGUAUGUGAAGAUGAAAUAUGUUUUAUUUAUAAGUUGUUUUUGGCAAUUUAAAGAAUAAGGGAAAGUCUCGAAUAAUCUUUUUUCCAGACAGGGUCUCAUGUCGUCCAUGCUGGAGCCCACUUCAUCAUAUAGCUGAGGGCGACCUUGACCUUCCUGCUGCCUCCCAUGUGCUGGGAACAAGUCUUCCAUCACUCCUGGCCUGAAAUGUUGCCUUUGAUCCUAGCACCAUCAUCUAGUAAUGACAUUCAUCUAUUAUGUGUUUCUAUGAUGCUAAUGAGUUUUGGCUGUCAGGAUCCUAUCCCAGAUGCAAGACUGGAAAAUUCCUCCUCCUCCAGCACACUGAUGUGAUAAAGAAAAAACAAAUCUCAGUUGAUAACAGAAGACCCAGCAGAGUUCGGGAAUAUUCUAGUUUUUUGAAACUUUGAAGAGUGAUGCUCAUUCUUCAGAUUCUGGCAUAGAUGUCAACCUCAGAGAUGUCAGCUGAACCUCUUCCUGGCUUGAUUUAAAUUUGGAUGAGAUUAUUCUUGCAUCAAGAUGUUAAUAAGCCAAAAUUUAGACUAAAUGUGUUAAAUGAUCUUGCCAACAAUAUGGAUGAUUUGAAGAUAAACACCGACAUUACUGGUGCUAAAGAAGAACUCCAAGAUGACAGCAAUUUUAUCUCUGAGAAAGACAGUGGAGUUCAUAAACCAAAAGAUUGUCAGACAUCAGUUCAGAAAAACAGUUCGUUGACUCUAUCUGAAGAAUCGUCAGAGGAUCGAUCAGAAAAAGCCUUAAGUGGAGGCCAGUCUGCUUUGUUUAUCCCUGCCAGCACUCCUGCUGUUCCUAGUGAGAACUUUACCUUGCCCACAGGAGCUGUUGUUAAUGGACCAGUCUCAUGCUCCUCUUCCACAAAGACUUCCAGUAUGAAUGAAGGUAGUGUUUUAUUAACCACUGGACAGCCUGCAGGUCAACUAGCAACAGAGUCUUGCUCCACUUUGAAGGCAGCAGCUGAUCAUCAGCUGUCUACACCACAAAAAGCAAGUCAACACCAAGUUCUGUUUUUGUUAUCAGAUGUAGCACAUACUAAGAAUCCAACCCAUUCCAUUAAAAAAGCACCUACCUCUGCUUUAGUCGGUUGUGAUGUUCAGAAUUCAGUAGGGAAUAGCAUGAAGUCAGAGAGCACUUUACGAAGUCAAGCAGAGGUGGGUCAGGGCGACGCCUCCGCAGUGGUCAGAGACGACUGUGUCAGCGCGUUAGCAGUGAUUUCCUCAGGUACAGACGAAUUUAGGUCAGAAAAUGAUACAAACUGGGAUCCCCAAAAAGAGUUCAUUCAGUUUCUUAUGACUAGUGAAGAGACGGUGGAUAAAUCCCCAGCUCAUUCUAAAGUAGUAGGUCUAGAAAAAAAGAGAAAGAGAAAAAUGGAUGUGAGCAAGAUCACUCGCUACACAGAGGACUGCUACAGUGACUCAGGCCGUGCACCUGGAAAAUCAAAAAUUCUUCAGGUUGACUUUCUAGGGCAAAAUGAGGAGAUACAAGCAAUAGACUCACAGAACUACACAUUAUCAAAAGUGAAACCUGAGUCAGCUGAUGGACACUUGGAGUCUGUGGACACUUUUCAGCAUCUAGUUUAUAACUCAGAUAAAUGUGGAGAAGAUAAUUCACCUGUUCAUACUCGCACUUUAAUUUCAAAUACCUUAAAAAAGAAAUGUGAAGAGAGUGAUCCUGAGUCACCUGUUGCUUUCAGUACUGAAGAGCCAUCAUUCUACCCCUGUACAAAGUGCAAUGUGAAUUUUAGGGAGAAAAAGCAUCUCCACAGACAUAUGAUGUAUCAUUUAGAUGGGAAUAGUCACUUUCGCCACCUUAAUGUCCCCAGGCCAUAUGCUUGUAGAGAAUGUGGACGGACAUUUCGAGAUCGUAAUUCACUGCUAAAGCAUAUGAUCAUUCACCAAGAAAGACGGCAGAAGCUGAUGGAAGAGAUUCGUGAGUUGAAAGAGCUCCAGGAUGAAGGCAGAAGUGCUCGACUCCAGUGCCCUCAGUGUGUGUUUGGUACCAAUUGCCCUAAGACGUUUGUGCAACAUGCAAAAACCCAUGAGAAAGACAAACGGUACUACUGCUGUGAGGAGUGUAACUUCAUGGCAGUGACGGAGAAUGAGCUGGAAUGUCAUAGGGGCAUCGCCCAUGGAGCAGCAGUGAAGUGUCCUGUUGUGAGUUCAGAAGUAACUCAGAGAAAAACACAAAAGAAGACUUCAGUGAAAGACUCUGUUAUAGGAUCAUCCAAAAAACCUGCUACUUACCUAUGUAAGAUGUGCCCCUUCACUACGUCAGCCAGAAGUAUUCUGAAGAAGCACAUGGACUAUUUGCAUUCCUCGGCGUGUGCUGACUCCUUUGGUAAUCCACUGGGACUUGACAAAAGAAAAAGUGACAGCCUUGAGGAGUCCGGAGAUGCCGAUAGCACCAAGUCAUUAGCAAAGCAGCAGGCAAGUACAUUUCCAAAGAACUCUGCUUUAAAACAGGAUGCUAAACGGACAUUUGGAUCAAGCUCACAGUCAAGUAAUUUUUCAAAAUUUCAUAAGCGGCCACAUAGAAUACAAAAAGCUCGGAAAAGCAUUGCCCAAUCUGGUGUAAAUGCGUGCAGUCAAAACAAGUCUCCUCAUAAGAACGUUAUGGUUAAGAGCAGCACUGACCAACAACCAAAGUAUUUCCAUCAGGCCCCGAGAGAAAAACCUAACGCCAGGGCAGACAGCAGUUAUUUAUAUAGACACAAGUAUAACAACUACCGGACGAUCAGAAAAUCAGGUGACUCAUACCCACUUCCUUUCAAAAAAGAGGUUAAUUCAUUAAACUCUUUACAUCUAUUUUCAUCCAGUAACUCUCAUACUUUUAUUUCAGACCCUCUUAAUGCAGACACCAAAAGGCCAGAAAACGGGAAAGACCACAAGCGUGUAGCUGUGAAAAGAGUAGUUAAGGCCUCAAAGAAGGACAGCUCUGCUGGAGAGGACCUGGAUAGCUAUCCCGACUUUCUGCAUAAAAUGACUGUUGUUGUUUUGCAAAAGCUUCAUUCUGAUAAGAAAGAUAGUUACGAAACAGAAGAUGACAGCUCCUGGGAUAACGUUGAGUUAGGUGACUACACUACACAGGCCAUGGAAGAAGAAGCCUACAGUGACCUUAGUCAAGAACAUGUAAACUUACUGCCCCUGUUUAAAAGCAAGAUAGAGGGCCAGGGCCCUGGAGAAAGUGCUGCCCUGAGUUACGAUCAGAAUGAUGGCUUCUACUUUGAAUAUUAUGAAGACGGUGGCACUAACAGCUUUUUACAGGAUAUACAGGAUCCUCAGCAUUUGGAAAGCCCAGAAACGCCUUUGUCAAAGCAUAGUUCUGUUUUUCAUUGGACUGACUUGUCUCUUGAGAAGAAGUCAUGUCCUUAUUGCCCAGCAACAUUUGAAACGGGUGUUGGGUUGUCAAAUCACGUCCGAGGACAUCUUCACAGAGCAGGAUUGAGCUAUGAAGCCCGUCAUGUUGUAUCACCAGAACAAAUAGCCACAAGUGACAAGAUGCAGCACUUCAAAAGAACUGGCAACGGGACGCCUGUGAAACGAGUUAGAAAAGCUAUAGAGAAGUCUGAAACUACUUCCGAACAUACUUGUCAGCUCUGUGGUGGUUGGUUUGACACAAAGAUUGGGUUAUCAAAUCAUGUCAGAGGCCAUCUGAAAAGACUUGGGAAAACUAAAUGGGAUGCUCACAAAUCUCCAAUCUGUGUUCUGAAUGAGAUGAUGCAAAACGAAGAGAAGUAUGAAAAGAUCCUGAAGGCGCUCAACAGUCGCCGUAUUAUCCCCAGACCGUUUGUAGCUCAGAAACUCUCCUCAGGCGAUGACUUCCUAUCUCACAAUGUCUUACCUCUUGAUGAAUACCACAAUGGCCUAAAGACAGAGGCUCUCUCAGUGUCUGCAUCAGAGGAAGAAGGGCUGCAUUUCUUAAGUGAGUGUGGUGAAAGAAAGCCUGAACUGCCCAGUGGGAGAAAGAACCAGUCUCUUACACUGAUAGAACUUCUUAAAAGUAGAAGGCUAGGCGAAGAAAGGAAUUCUGCUGUUUCUCCUCACAAGACCCAUAACCAGACAGCAAGAAAGAGAUUUGUUCAGAAAUGUGUUCUUCCAUUAAAUGAAGACAGUCCGUUGAUCUAUCAGCCACAAAAAAUGGACUUGACUAUGCACUCAGGUGUGCCUGUGAAGCUCACAUGUGUGCAUUGCAAUACGGCGUUUACAAGUGCUGUUAGCCUGUCCAACCACUCACGCGCUUGUGCACGAAGGAAGAGUGCUGGACUUUUGACUGGUGCAGCCAUAGAUUGUAAGCAGAAGAAAUCAAGGUCAAGAUCUGGAAGCAAGAAGAAAAUGCUAACGUUGCCUCAUGGUGCUGACGAGGUUUACAUUCUCCGAUGCAGGUUUUGUGGCCUAGUCUUUCGGGGACCAUUGUCUGUUCAGGAAGACUGGAUUAAGCACUUACAGCGUCACAUUGUUAACGCUAAUCUUCCACGGACUGGAGCUGGCAUGGUGGAAGUCACAUCACUACUUAAAAAGCCUGCCUCUAUCACAGAAACGUCGUUUUCUUUACUAAUGGCAGAAGCAGCAUCAUAGAACCAGGAAUCCUUUUCAGUAGCAAAUUUAAUUGGAUGUAAAUUUAAAAUUUGUGUCUUUUUUUGUAAGCCACAUGAAAGUAUCCAUUAUAAAUACUAAAGUAGGAAGAAUGAGGGACCGUAAAUUAGAGUGGCAUCGGAGCAAACAAUACUUCAGACAAGACAGUAAGUAGUGAUAUAUUUUAUAUGGGGUGGAGAUGUGUUCUUAAGGUUUACUAAGUUUUGUUGGCUGAGUUUACUCAGCUGAAGGUCCUACAUCUGAGAGCCAUUUGUAAAGUGUUGCACAUGAAUCCUUACAGACAGACUUACUGAAAGAUUAUGUUCUCUACAGUGUUACCAGAAUCAAGGCUCUGGUUUUUCCCCACACUUACAUAGAAAAAUAAGAAAUUAUAUUUUGUUGGUAUGUAUUUAGUGUUUUGUAUAAUACCAGGAACUGCUAACUAAAUUUACUCAACUUAGGGCAUUAAAUAUCAUGUACUUCAUAGUUUGAGACUGUUCCCCCAAAUAGGGCAGAGUAUUAUUCUAUCUAGAUGUGUUAAGUGUUUUUUUAAAAUCAUAAUGGAACGUUUUUUUUUAUAUAUAUAUAUACAUAUAUAUAUACUAAAAAGUUGAAGCGAGAUUUGUUUAAACAAGUAUUUCUAAAAGAAAUAUUGUACAUAGUCCUGGAAAUUAUUUGUGGUAAGGAAAUAUUCUUUAAUCCAGUUGCAUUUCUCAGACAAUGAAGUGGUGCGUCCAUGCUACCUCCUGCUUUGUCAACAAAGAUGCUAUUUACCCUUUCCAUUUGUAUCAUAAUAGAUUUUAAAAAUCUAAUGUUCUUUAUUGCAAGACAUACUUUUGUUAACAGAUUUGUUUCUUUGUAACGUUUUCCAUACGUUUGACAUGCUUACAGGACAGGGUUGUCUCUUUAUUUAACAUUGUAGAAAUGUAAUUAAUAAACAAGGCUCACUACACAAUUUAGAAUAGGCUUUCUCAUUUAUAUUCCAAAUUUGAUCAUUUAGGAAAACUAUUGAUACACAAAAUAUUUCUACAUAUGAGAAUGUUUACAAUUUCAAUUUUAGAACUUGUUUUUGGAUGUGAUUCUAUGUAUGAAAAUUGUGUAACACUAUGCUCAUGCUAAGAACCGACAUAACAGAAUUACCGAAAUAAAUGUGCUGUGAGGAAUGGACAGUACGGUGCAGGUGUCUUGGUCAUGAUAAACUGUGAUGAUUCUUUUAAACACUUUCCAAAAACAACUUAGUUCCUUUCAUCCUGAAUGAGCGUUGUUUACAAACAGCAGUUUGUAUGCAAGCACCAUUCCGCUUCAUUUCAUGGUGUUGCUAAUAUAGUUGAACCAAGGAUAUGCAUUGAUACUUUUCAUCAUUUGUAAAUAAAGUUUAAAACAGUUAAAGGAGUGUUUGGUAGAGGUAUAUGUAUAUAUACCUCACUGCCAGUGAAAUUACUUUCCUAUGGUAUAUCUCCUUGCCAGAAAUCACUAAAUAAAAAGACUUCAAGAA